GCUGGGUGGGGGUUGGAUUUUUUUUUUUAAUGUAUUUUUUUCCGGGUUGCGAGCAGCAGACAGCGGCGUCCACGGGGCGCGGAGGCGUCAGUUGUUGCAGCCGCCGCCGCCAGAGUGCUAUUGUGUGUGAACUGGGGGAAGAGCGAGAGAGAGAAAAAGAAAGAGCGCACAGAUCUAAAGGGAAAAAAAGAGAGAGACAUUUGCACACACCAGCAUGCACACAGACACACACACUCCCCCAUAUGCAGGGAAAGUAUCGCGAGAGCGCUCUGGCUAACAACCUGCUUCGCAACACACACAGGAGCGCUGCACCGCUGCUGGGUUGCCAGCAACAAGAAACAGCGCUCGGAGCAACCCGGACGGUGGGGAGGCGAGGCGCGCGCGCACACACAUACACGCGCGCGCGCAUACACACACACAUCUGGGGGGAGAGGCUCGGAGUUUGGGGAGCGGAGUUGUCGGGGUGGGGAAGAGCAAGAGGGAGAGAGCGGCGCACAUGCAGAUCUCCAGCGGCACCCCUGAGCAACACCCAGCCAGGCUGGUUAUGAAGGAAGAAUGGAGUUUCCAGACCAUAGCCGGCAGUUGCUGCAGUGUCUGAGUCAGCAGCGUCACCAGGGCUUCCUGUGUGACUGCACUGUUUUAGUUGGAGACGCUCAGUUCCGAGCCCACAGAGCGGUCCUCGCCUCUUGCAGCAUGUACUUCCAUCUUUUCUACAGGGACCAGCUAGACAAAAGGGACAUUGUGCAUCUGAACAGUGACAUCGUCACCGCCCCGGCCUUCGGCUUGCUCCUCGAAUUCAUGUACCAAGGCAAGCUGGAGUUCAGCAGCCUCCCGGUCGAGGAUGUGCUCGCCGCAGCCAGCUAUCUGCACAUGUACGACAUUGUGAAAGUCUGCAAGGGCAAGCUGAAAGAUAAGGAAUUGUGCGUGGACGAGAAGACGAACGGCAGUGGCGGGGCCCAUUCAGAGAAGGACGCCCGGGUCCUGGAUGACGGAGUACCCUUGGGGCACGGCGAGUUCAGCCCCGGAGAGAAAUACAAAAUGAUUGCUGCAGAAUACGAACGUUCUGCUGGAAAGGAUAAGGGCAGCAGUUACCCAGGCUGGUCUCUCGAUCUUGUCGGCUCCGUGUUAGGCGAGGCAGAAUUGGACACCGUGGCAGCUGAAAAAGCAAGGGCGAACGUCAGCAGUUCGGCGGGACCUGCGUCCCAAAGACCUCCUCGCCACCCCUUGGCUUUGAGGGAGGCCGAGUGUGCUUUAGACCUGUCCUUCAAGCCCCUGGCAGGGCGAGAUGGCUUCCAGCCUUCCUACAUCUUCGGACAGCUGGCUGCUGAUGGGCCACCGCGGCAGGGGAGCGAGCCUUUUGUCAAAGACGAAGAAGAGUCUCUGUCGGACGGGGAAGACGGCGAGGAGAGGGGCCUAGAAAGCCAGGGCUUUGGGAAUUCUGGCCAGAGCCUGGCCCUAGGGCUGGGGACCAUGUUUGUUGCCAGCAAUGGGGACACUCCCGUGACGCCAGAGGAAGACAUCGACCAGGAGCGGGAGGCGAGCGAGGACGACAUGGCUUCUUCCGACGUCUCGUCCUCGGGGGUCGUGGUGCCAACCGGGCACAUUUGCAUCUGCCCACUCUGCAGCAAAGUCUUCCCCAGCCCGCACGUCCUGCAGCUCCACCUCAGCUCCCACUUCCGAGACAAGGACGGCUCUCGGACCAGGCUCUCUCCGGACGGGUCGGUGCCCACCUGUACUCUGUGCGGCAAGACCUUCUCCUGCAUGUACACGCUGAAGAGGCACGAGAGGACUCACUCCGGGGAGAAGCCGUACACCUGCGGCCAGUGCGGCAAGAGCUUCCAGUACUCCCAUAACCUCAGCCGCCACGCAGUGGUGCACACCAGAGAGAAGCCGCACGGGUGCAAGUGGUGCGAGAGACGCUUCACGCAGUCCGGGGAUUUGUACAGACACAUCCGCAAAUUUCAUUGUGGCCUUGUAAAGUCGCUGGUGGUUUGAGGGAAGUUGUUGCCAUUUCAAAAGACACCCGUCUGCUCUUCAUGCCGGUUCGCUUUGGGCAAAUGAUAUGGGGAAGGAGGGUGGAGAAUAAUGUAGGUCUACAUUUCAUUGCCAGGGGGGAGAGGCAACAUUGGUUCUACCCCUCCCACCCUGGCCCUCCUUAGGGCAGCAGCGGCGACACUUAACGUUCUGUUGUUGUUUUUCUGUGUGUGGCAGGUAAAAUGAAUCUUAAUCUGUAGAUAGCUUAAUCCAAAAUUCUUUGGAUAGAAGCUGAUUUAAUCCAGUUGAUUGGCCUAAUUGGUCUGCGCCAAGUGGGUUGUUCUGAUGCUACAGGUAUGUUUUGCCCUGCUGGUUUUGAGAGUGCCCUCUUGCACCCUCUGCGAGUUUAAAAGGAAUUGGAGAGAGAGAAUGAGAGAGAUGUGAACCUUGAUCCCAAACAGCAGUUUAGGUAGGACAGUGUGUACUGCCUAUAUAGGAGCCGCCUUCUCCCCCCCCCCCCCAAAAAAAAAUGACCAUUCAUCUCUCUGUUGCAGGUGCAUCAAGUAGGCAGUUUUGGAACGCAUUGGCCUGAGUUUCUCUCCCACUCUGGAUCUAACUUUUUUGAUUCAACCGUUUUAAUAUGCUCCAGACAAAUAGAACUUCAGGCAGUGUGAAAGUGAUAGCUGGGACAGAGGCUUGUACUUCAUGGGGACUAUCUAGAAUCCUUAGACUAACUUGGGUUUGGAAUAAUAAUAAUAAUAAUAAUAACAACAACAACAACAACAAUUUUAUUACUUACAUGCCACAUAUCCAACUAGGUAGCAGAAGCCACUCUGGGUGGCUCCCAACGUACUAAAAACACAGUAGAACAACAAUGUAGGGCCAUCCUGCAAAAUCUCUUGACUAUUUACAGCAAAAGUGUUCUGUAUUUGGAAACUGGUCCUACUAACUUAAGCUCUCACCUCGCUGCUCUUUUCCCCCCUUCCAUUUUUUUUAGGGGGGAGGUUUGCAAUUCUAGUGAAUGGUGCUGAAAUAUUUCAACCUGUGGGGCGUCAUCUCUCAGGCCUGGUUCACAAAUGACCCCAGCGUGGAGUGGGUGUGCCCUAUGGCUAGGUGGUCAAGGGGGAAAGGAUUUGGAGCUCUUGUGCCUUUAAUAGUUGCAUGCCUCUGAAAUUCCCACUUCUACCCAACUAUUAAAGGUGCAGGAGACCCUCUCCUCCUUUGCAUCUUGUUAACCCUACCUGUCGCUCACCUUGUGCAGAACUGUGAAUGUAAACCUGGCCUCCAUGCAGAGAAGCCAUUUUUGUGCUACAAAAAGGGAGCAGGCAGGUGUUUGGCUGAGGCCUGCCUGCAAAGGCCUUGAUUCAUGAAGUUUUGAUGUGCCAUGAGAAAAGAUACUUAGUGAGGUGCAGACAUCCUAACUGUGCCACCUUAGUAAAAACCGCAUCCCUCUAUUAAUAAGAGCUCUCCAGUUUUUGCU